CAAUUCGUUGCCACUUGACAAGUUCUGUCAGUCGUGUUGGUCGUUUGUCAUCGGUUAGCGAAAAAGUGCUUUUAUUUUGUGAAAAUCCAAUUUAUUUGUUUAAUUUUUAGUUUUCUCCCCACACCUGUUUGUGUGUAAAUACGUCGAAAAUCUGUGAAAAGUUAAUAGAGAAUUGCACGCUGCAAAGAAAAACGCUACAUUCCAGUAGAAAAUAAGUGAAAAAAUUGGGCGAAGACGUCACAAGGAAGAAAAUGUAAAUUGAUGCGUUGUGAAAAAUAAGCGUAGAAAAGACGAAACAAGUUAAAUGACUAGGUAAAGAAGUAAUAAACGUAAAUUGCGUGUGCAAGCAAAGGCAAAAGUAAACGUCAAAAGAAACAUAAACGAAAAGGUUAACAAAUACGUGUAUUUGGAUAAAACAAAGUGAAAAUUAAUUGGAAUAUCAUUUUUUCUGUGUUCAACUAUCAACGAUCUCUCUGCAUAGGGGCAGAGUAUAGAAAAAGGUGAGUAGUGGAGCAUAAGACACAGUGACGGAGUGUAAAAGGCAGAUAUUGGAGCACAGUGACAGAUUUUAGCGCGUGUCUCGUGUGUCUCGAUAGCCAAGUUGAAAGAAAAAGUAACAAAUACGGCGGUAAUAGUAACAAGCUGGAGAGCUAGGUAAAAAAAAAACAAUAACAACAAGCUUGAAAGCAAAAGUAAUAACAACAAUAAUAUCAAAAUCAACUGAAAGAGUGAAUCACGGCUUAAAAUGAAUUCCGAACACGGAUUUAAUCCAGCCUUUAAUAUGGCGACUAUACGCCAAGCAUUCACAGAGGCCGUCGAACGAGUAAGAAUGCCAACACCUACACGCCUGCGAGAUCUCAUACGGCAAAUACGCGCCGCCAGGACAGCUGCCGAAGAGCGCGCUGUAGUUAACAAAGAAUGUGCCUACAUCCGCAGCACUUUCCGGGAGGAGGAUUCGGUGUGGCGAUGCCGCAACAUUGCAAAAUUGCUCUACAUUCAUAUGUUGGGUUAUCCAGCGCAUUUCGGGCAAUUGGAAUGUCUGAAACUCACCGCCAGCACACGUUUCACCGAUAAACGCAUUGGUUAUUUGGGUGCCAUGCUAUUGCUGGACGAACGUCAGGAUGUGCAUUUACUGAUAACGAAUUGCCUCAAAAACGACUUAAAUAGUUCCACACAAUUUGUGGUCGGUUUGGCGUUGUGCACGCUGGGCGCUAUAGCAUCGCCCGAAAUGGCACGUGAUUUAGCCAGCGAGGUUGAACGUCUAAUGAAAUCGCCCAAUACGUAUAUACGCAAAAAGGCAACAUUAUGCGCUUUUCGUGUUAUUCGACGGGUACCAGAACUGAUGGAAAUCUUUUUACCGGCCACACGUUCGCUGUUAAGCGAGAAGAAUCACGGCAUUUUAAUUACUGGCGUAACGCUUAUCACCGAAAUGUGCGAAAACAGUGCCGAUACUUUGCUGCAUUUCAAGAAGGAUAGCGGAAAUCGAGAGAUUGUGCCCAAUUUGGUACGCAUAUUGAAGAAUCUGAUUUUGGGCGGCUAUUCGCCGGAACAUGAUGUGAGCGGCGUGAGCGAUCCAUUUUUGCAAGUGAAAAUUCUACGUUUAUUGCGCAUACUCGGCCACAAUGAUGUGGACGCCUCGGAGGCAAUGAAUGAUAUUUUGGCGCAAGUAGCCACCAAUACGGAGACAAGUAAAAAUGUGGGCAACACUAUACUCUACGAGACGGUACUCUCCAUUAUGGAUAUACGCUCGGAGGGUGGUCUACGUGUGUUGGCCGUCAAUAUAUUAGGUCGUUUUCUACUUAACUCUGACAAGAAUAUACGUUACGUUGCAUUGAAUACACUAUUACGUACCGUACAUGCAGAUACGUCGGCGGUGCAACGGCAUCGUACCACUAUAUUGGAGUGCCUCAAAGAUCCGGAUGUCUCGAUUAGACGUCGCGCCAUGGAACUCUCAUUUGCGUUAAUAAAUGCACAAAAUAUACGUACAAUGACCAAGGAGUUGUUGCUGUUCCUAGAGAAGGCUGAUCCCGAAUUCAAAGCGCAAUGCAGUUCGGGCAUGAUAUUGGCAGCUGAACGUUACUCGCCCAAUGCGCGAUGGCAUCUGGAUACACAGCUGAGUGUGUUAAUAGCGGCUGGCAACUAUGUACGCGAUGAUGUGGUGUCGUCCACCAUACAGCUGGUCUCAAGCAGUCCUGUCGCUGAACAGACCUAUAUAACGAACCGUUUCUGGGAGUCACUGCAGGUCGCCAAUCAUUGUGAAGACAAGCAGCCCUUGCUACAAGUGGCCGUUUGGGCAAUUGGCGAAUAUGGUGAUCUGUUCAUGUACGGGCCCAAUGAAGAUGAAUUUGAACGUCCAAACGAAAGCGAUUUGAUCGCCAUGUUUCAUAAGUUCUUAACCUCUGCUCAAGUAUCAAUAACUAGCAAGCAAUACGCCUUAGUCUCACUCGCUAAGCUUAGCACGCGUCUGCAGAAUUGCGUAGAAGAAAUUCAAGCAUUGAUUACCUCAUUCGGCAGUCAUCUGAAUGUGGAUUUACAACAGCGUGGCGUCGAGUUUACACAACUCUUUGGCACCUAUAAGAACUUACGUCCACCGUUACUCGAAAAAAUGCCACCAAUGCAAAUAAGUCGCAUCUCAUCGCAAAAUGGUGAGAGUAGCGGUUCGUACGAUGACAAUAGUCCGGACUUAAUUGAGAACGGCAUCGGUAUUGGCGAUGAACAGUUGGGCAAAGAGAGCAAUAUGAAUACGAUGGGUGAUAAUACGAACAUAUUACUUGACUUACUUGGUGGUACCGAUUUGACCUCCCCCACCGCAACAGACCUAUCCAACUCGGUUGCCGUGCAGAGAAAGAACUCAAAGAAUGCUAAUGAAACGUCCAAUAAUCAAGCCAUACUUGAUUUGCUCGAUUUGGAUAUUUCAGCUAGCACAACAACAAACACAGCAACAAAUAUGAAUAAUGUUUUGGGCUUGGAUUUGAGUGGCAGUUUGUCGACGUCGAUACCAACGACAACGGCGACAAAUGGCAAUGAUUUGUCGAGUAUAAUGUCGCUUAGCGGCAAUGGCCUUGGUGGUGGAGGCGCUACAGUUAGCGGUAGUGGCCUCUUGGGUUCUAACAGUAUUUUAGCGCAGCCUGGCAAUGGGUUGAUCUCCGAUUUAGGGUCACCAGUUGCAAAUGUUACACCACCAACAUCAAAUAAUGCUGCUGUGCCUCAGGGUCCAACUUUAACUGUGUUGGAUAAGAAUGAUUUGCUCGUGCAGUUAGUGCCAGUUAGAAACAGUGACUGCUUACAAAUAUUUAUGACAACAACAAAUAAUUCAACAAAUACAUUGGAACAAUACGUCUUUCAGGCUGCAGUUCCUAAAGUAUUCACAUUACAAAUGCUGUCACCAUCUGGUUCGGUAUUACCGCCGGGUGGUAUUAUAACGCAAGAAAUGCGUGUUGUUAGUACGUCCAAUGCUAUCCUCCGCAUGAGGUUACGCAUAUCAUAUUUUGUCGAUGGCCAACCUGUGGUGGAGCAAACAGAAGUAACUGGAUUCCCGGAUGCAACACCCGAAUAGGGGUCAAAAUAUGAAUAAUAAUAAUAAUGAAAUUUGCAGUAUAAGCUUAUAAAAUGUUAAUAGAGCGUUUAAGGAAAUGAAAACAAACAUAAAAACUAUCGCAACUAAAAUUAAAUAUAAAAAUAUAUAUAUAUAUAAUAAGAAAAACAUUUUACCCUCCCUCUGUUCCCUCCUUUAACCCGAAUUCUCCUACUUUCGUACAAGUAUACAUGUGUUCUUCGUAAAUUACAUUAACAAACGAUAUAUAUAUAUAUAUUCUUUAUAACAAUAUAUAUAUAUUUUGUAAUAUAAAUUUAACGAAGUAAUCAGUAAAGACAGUCUAACUGAUCUAAAUAUAAAUUCACACACACAUACACCCAUACACACAUUCAAACAAAAAAAAAACAACUCCUCUAGGGGGCAGUAUAGUCAAUCAAAUAUAAUAUAUACAUACUUACAUACAUUCUCUUCAGUGAAUUUUUGUAAAUUUGAACAUGGCACCACAAACAUACAUAAUUAAUUGUCUUAUCAUGUAUUUAAAAUAUGGAUGAAAAUCAUGGAAACAUGGUAAACAAAAAGGAUAAUUAGCAACAAAAAUAAAAUUAAAUGUAAUAAAAUAUUUUAAGUGCAAACACACCACACUAAGCUAUCUAUGUUAGUUAAACUAUUCUGGUCUGAAGUGUAAAAUUUUCGUUGUUGUAUUCACCGCUGAUUUGUUUGCAAGAACUAUGUGUAUUGUAUUGAGAGUAAUCGUGAGAAGAAUGCCCAUUAAAUAGAUUAAUAUUCAGUUAUGAAAUAUAAA